GAUUAAAGAGCUGGAGGAGCUUAUUGCUCGGGAACAGCAUCAGCAAAAGAAUACUGUGAUGACUCGCUACCUCCAGACAAGCCUGGAGGAGGCCAAACAGGAGCGAGAAGAGAUGGCCCAGAGGUUGAUGGGGAAGGAUCAGGAGCGCUUUAGGAGGGAGACCAGCACCACAGAGCAGACAGAAAACCUGGAUCUGGACGACAGGCUCCCCUCAAGCAGAGCGUUACAGUAUUACAAGAUUAAAGAGCUCCAACGUCUUGUUGAGAACAAAGACAACCAGCUUCAGGCUGAAAGACUGAGAGCUGACACCCUCCGGAAGGAACAUGAGGACUUUAGACUCCAGGUUCAACAGAAAGCCAGCAGAGACCUGAAGCAGGUUCAGAAACUGGAGGAGGAGAAACGGUCCGUGAAUUCUCUCAUUGCAUCUCAGGACCUCAAACUGAAAAAUAAGAUGGUGUUGUCUCGCAACCUCCAGACAAGCCUGGACGAGGCCAAACAGGAGCGUGAAGAGAUGGCCCAGAGGUUGAGGAGACAGGAUCAGGAGCUGGAAGACUUGAGGAGGGAGACCAGCACCGACGUGCAGCUGGAGGACCUAAAGAACCAGCUCCAGGCUGAAAGACUGAGGUCUGACACCCUCCAGAGGGAACAUGAGGACUUUAGGAGGGAGGAGAAAGAGAAAGCCAGAAGAGACCUGGAGGAGGUUCAGAAUCUGAAGAUGGAGAAAGAUUCCCUGGAGCAGGAGGCGAGGGCCCUGCAAAUAAAAAAUGGCAACAGGAUUCAAGAGCUCCACGAUCUUGUUGAGUCCUUAAGGAACCAGCUGCAGGCUGAAAGACUGAGGACUGAUACCCUCCAGAAAGAACAGGAGGAACUCAGGCGGGAGGCACAACUGAAAGCCAGCAGAGACCUGAAGCGGGUUCAGAAUCUGGAGGAGGAGAAACGUUCCCUGGAGCAGGAGAUGAAGGCCCUGCAGGAAGAGGUCUCCAGAAGAGCAGCAGAGGAAACAAACAACACCAACAGGAUUCAAGAGCUCCAAGAUCUUGUUGCUUCCUCAAAGAACCAGCUGCAGACUGAAAGGCUGGAAGUUCAGGACAGACUCGUUGAUAUGGAGAACGUGUCUUUGUGGAGGAGGUUUAAAAAGGCCAUGACUCCUGACAGUCGGCGCCAAUACAAACAUCUGAGAAUGCAGUGGCAGGACCAGGAGGAAAACCCCAGCUCAUCUGUUCCCCCAAGCCCCCCCAACAUGCCCAGACCGUAACGGGCCAUCAGGUAGACACAGAGUAACAUGUUCCUCUGUGUCUGCACGGGUUUACUCCGGGUUCUCCGGUUUCUUCCCAUCAUAAUCAACUUUGAAAAAAAACCUUUAGAAUAGUAAAAAAUGCAUCAAGCCUAAAAAAUGUCAAUAAAAAAAAAAGACAACUUUAA